AUGACCGAGAAAUUGAUUCAAAUCGAUACAGAACUAGAAGAAGAAGAUACGGAAUUUAUUCCACAGGAUGCUUCAAGUUCAGAAUCGUCGUUUUCAGACGCAGACAGCGGCGAAGAGAAGGUGGAAGAAGAGAAAGAAGGAGAAGCAGAGCAAAGCAAGACUUUAGAAGAUCCCAACCCAGAAGAACAUGAAUCUUCCAAAGAAAAAGAGAAUUUAAAAGAAAAGAAGAAAGAUGUUCAUGAGGAGAAAACUGUAGAGAAGCCGUCUGAGGCUGUUUCAGCGCCUGCGGAAUCUGCCACAAAGGCAAACGAGGAAGGCUCUUCAACGGAGCAGUUGAAACAAGUGUCUUCUAAGGAGCAUGAAAAGCCUCCCGUAAAGAAACCAUUGGCGAGAAAGCGACGUGAAUCACCUCUGGCCAAGGUUCAGGCCAAGCAAGCUGCGAAAAAGUCAAAACCAAAUACUUUGGAGCAGGCUCAGCAAAAUUGGUCGGAUUAUGUCAAGGAGCAGGACAUUCAGGAUGAGCUUCGUCUGGCCAACAAAGAUGGAUUUGUCGAGCGCCAAGAAUUCUUGGCCAAGACACGCUCUGCUUAUGAAGAGAAAAUUCGUUCCAUGAAAAAAAUUCCCUGA